AUGAACCGCCUGUGCGCCGCGGUGGCGUGCUCGCAGCCGUCCCCCGUCACGCGCGCCUACCUCCUCACGGCCCUGGCCAAGCUGGCCGUCGCCGCGGGGGGGCUGGUGCCGCCUGAUGCGGAGGAGCUGCUGGCCAAGGGGGCGGGGUCGGUGGACGUUGAGCUGCAGCAGCGCGCCAGGGAGGCGCGCACUCUCAUAGGCACGCCCGCGCUGGCCGCGGCCGUGCUGCCUCCCGACGCCUCCUGCGAGGAGUUUGACAGCCACGAGCUCUCAGCCGCCCGCUCCCUCUCGUUCCUCGACGCCCACGUGGCCGCGGCGCUGGCAGGGGGCGCGGCGCCGUACGCGCCGCCGCCGGAGCUGGCAGGAUUGGACGAGGGCGACCUGGAGGGGGCCCUCGAGGCGCUGGGCGGCGGCGGCGGCGGCGGCGGGGCGCACCACCAGCAGCAGCACCACGCGCUGCGCUUCGAUGCGUAUGAGCCCACCGCCGCGCCGGCCGGCGGCGCGGCGGCGGCGGCCGCGGCGGCGCGGCGCGCGGGGGCGGACGAUCUUCUGGGGAUUGGCGGGGGCGCGGCGUCGCCGCAGCCGGCGGCGGCGACAGGGGUGCAGCAGCAGCAGCAGCAGCAGGGGCCGCAGCUGGUGCUUAAGGGUAGCGGCCCGCGGCGGUGGGGGCCGUCAGACUUUGCAGCGCCGAGCAGCAGCGGAUCGGCGGUCGCGUCCGCCGGAACUGCGGCAGCGGGCCAGCAGCAGCAGCAACAGCCACAGCAGCAGCAGGCCCCUGCCGCGCGCGGCGCGUCGCCGGCGCUUGGCGGGCGGCAGCAGGCGGAGCGGAGCAAGCUCGCUGCGUCGCUCUUUGGGGACGGCGGUGGUGGUGGCGGCGGCGGCGGCGGCAUCCGCCCGGCAGCGCAGCAGCAGCAGCAGCAGCAGCAGCAGCAGCAGCAGCAGCAGCAGCAGGUUUCCUUGAUAGGGGACCUCCUAGGCGACGACGAGCCCGCGCCAUCCGCCGCGCCGCCGCCGCCGGCGGGCGGCCGCGCUGGCGGCGGCGGCAGUGGCGGAGGCCUCGACCUUUUGGAUUUCGGGGACUCGGCUCCGAGUCCGGCCCCGGCGGCGGCGAGCGGCGGCGGGGCCGGCGGCGGGUUUGGCGGCCUGGACGAUUUGCUGGGGGGCCCCGUUGGCGGCGGCGGUGGCGGUGGGUUGGACAACGGUCUCCUUGGGGGGCUGGGCAGCUUGACCUCAUCGCCGCAGCCGACGCAGCAGCAGCAGCAGCAGCAGCAGGCAGCGGUGCCGGCACAGGCGCAUGCGCAGGCGGCGUCGCGGCCGCUGAUGCCGGGGGCUAUGGCGGCGAAGGGGUCCGCAGGUGGUGCCGCCAAGGGGCUUGGCGCCAAGACGCCCCUGGACCCUUUCGGCGACCUGCUGGGCUAG